AGCAUACCGACUCGUAGGGACGUGCACGCAUUGCGAUUAUUUAGCAGUACGAUUUUCAUUGGAUUGGAACCGUCCGACGUUUUCCCUGUUUUCAGUUGUGAUUAGUAGUACAUAUAUAAUAUAUUUAAUUUUGGGUGUGAAAUAUUUGAUAUUAAUAAAAAAUCAUGUCUGCCAGUCAAGAAACGACCCACAUCGUUCUUGAUACGGAGAGAAUUAUUGUGGAAGUGGAAAAAAGACCAGCGCUGUAUAAUAAUGAACUGAAAGAAUACAGCGAUAAAAAUGCGAAAGAGAAAUUAUGGACAGAAGUAUGCGCAAAUGUAAUACCAAAAUGGCAUGAACUAUCAGGUGCAGAAAGAAAAGACAGAGGGAAAGAAGUUCAAAAAAAGUGGAAGAAUCUGAAAGACUGUUUUGCGAGAGAGCUUGCUGCUCAGAAAAAAAUCAGAUGUGGUGAGCCUGCAAAAAAACGUCGGAAAUACAUCUACUUCGACGCAUUGCUAUUUUUACUUCCUCACCAACAACCCAGGACAACAAGUGGCAAUAUAGGGCCUCCAGGCGAUAAGGAAGAACUGUUAGACCAUAAUAAAGGACCCAGAAACGAUGAUGGAGAGCUUUCAAUCGAUCAUGAAGGUCCCAGGAACAACAACGAAGAGACUCCACGUUCUUUACCUUCUGCAAAACCUGCACAGAGGACACCACGCAGUCUUUCCAGCAAAUCUUCUCAUCAAAUAUCCACAUAUGAGGUUUCGUUAUUAAAGAAUUUUAAAGAACAAACAAAACGGAGGAAGUUUCAGAGGAUAAAAACUUUGCUCUUAUGUUAA